CAUGUGACCAUAACGUAAUACGGGUCUUUCUGAGGAGAGGACCUGGUGCAGCCGUGUUUGUGACUAGUUACCGUGCCGCUGUCCCGCCUGGCACCAGAGACUUUCGUAUUCUUCCGCACAUUACAGAAUACGUCCUCUUCCUAUCCGCGUUGCAGAUGAGAAUAGCCAUUUCUAUUGACAGACAAUACAUGAACACGGGAAAAUGGACGCCCUCGCAGAGGCCCUUGCAGGAAGCUUCGCUGUUUCUUCUCAACUCAAUAGUACUUCAGCUCCUCAUCCAAGAUUAGCUCAAUACAAAGGCAAAUACAGCUCUCUGGAGCAGAGUGAGCGCAGGAGGAAACUGCUGGAACUCCAAAAAUUGAAACGUUUGGACUACAUAAACCACGCUCGUCGCCUUGCAGCUGGGGAUUGGACAGACCAAGAUGAAGAGAAGAAGGAUGAUGACAAACAAACAGAAGAUGUCGAUGAAGACGCAGAGGACAUGGAUGUGGAGCCUUGCAAAAAGUUACCCAGACAUUAUGCUAACCAGCUCAUGCUUUCUGAGUGGUUAAUAGAAAUUCCUCCAGACCUGGCUGAUCUUUGGCUUCUUGUAGUCUGCCCCACUGGAAAGCGUUCUUUAGUUGUUGCUUCUCGGGGUUCAACGGCAGCUUAUACUAAAAGUGGGUAUUGCGUGAACAGGUUUCCAUCCCUACUACCUGGGGGAAACCGACAAAAUAGUGCCACUGGUAAAGACUACACUAUUCUAGACUGUAUUUACAAUGAGGAAUCCCGAACAUAUUAUGUGUUGGAUGUCAUGUGUUGGAGAGGACACCCGGUGUAUGACUGCCAGACAGACUUUCGCUUUUACUGGCUUCAAUCAAAAUUGGAGGAGGAAGAUGGGCUGUGUAAUAUUUCCAAGAUCAGUCCAUUCAAGUUUGUUGGUCUACAGAAUUUCCCCUGCUCUCUGGAAUCCAUUCAAUGUGUUCUCACACAAACCUAUCCCUACCAGGUGGAUGGCCUGUUAUUUUACCACAAGCAUACACACUAUACUCCAGGUAGCACUCCACUGGUUGGGUGGCUACGUCCAUAUAUGGCACCUGAAAUUUUAGGAUUCCCUGCCCCACCCGGACCCCUUUCAGAAAAGCCUGCCUACGCACAAGAGCAAAUGCGCCAAAUUCUUGAACACAAAAAAGUUGGGAAAGGAGCAGCAGAGGGAGGACGUUAUGAAUUAGAACAUCUGUCUACAAUUCCGCCACCUCAAUAAGGGUGUAUUCACACAACCAUAUGUAUUUUGCAGUCCGCAAAACACAGAUCUGCAAAAAAUAUGGCUGAUGUCCGUGUUGCCUCCGUUCUUUUUGCGGACCCAUUGUAACAAUGCCUUGUCUGCAAAA